AUGGCGGCGGCGGCGGAGGACGAGGCCAGGGCGCCCGUGCCGGGGGUGGGCGCGGGCGAGCCUGAGGGGGCGGCGGAGGCGAACGCGCCGCAGGUGGAGAACGCGGACGGCGACGACGUGUUCGAGGUGGAGCAGAUCCUGGACGAGAAGACCGAGGAGGGUAAUGUUCUUUACAAAGUUCGUUGGAAGGGUUAUACUUCAGAGGACGACACCUGGGAACCAGAGGUCCACCUCCAAGACUGUAAAGAAGUUCUUCUUGAAUUUAGGAAUAGAAUCGCAGAGAAAAUGAAACCAGUCAAGAGAGACGUUCAGAGACUCUCUUUAAAUAAUGACAUCUUUGAGAUAAACUCUGAUAGUGAUCAGAGUGAGACAGAAGAUGAUACUUCACCAAAAAAGAAAAAGAAAAAAUUAAGGAAUAAAGAAGAAAAAAGCCCAAAUGAAGUGAAGAAGAAAAGAGCAAAGACUGGAAAAUUGAAAGAUAAAUCUAAACCAGGUCUUGAGAGCCCCUGUAAAAGUCCUGUUUCUGAUGUAAGGACAAAAAAAAGAAAUUUGGAAGUCAGGGAAGAGAUAAAGGUAUCCAAAAAACAAAAAAAAGAUGAUACGAAAGAAACAAAGGAAGUUAAGAAUGUUAAAAGGUGUGAAGUAAGAGACUCAAAGACUAAAGUAAAAGAAGUUUCCAAAGAAAAUAGAAAAACACGGAAGGAAAAAUGUGUGGACUCUCACUUGGACUCUGAGUCAAGUGUACUUAAUGAUUCCUCUGCUCAGGAGGACAGUGAAGAUUUGCCUGUGGAUAGCAGGGAUCAAAGUAGAAAAAGUGCAAAAGAGAAAGAUAUAAUUCAUGAAAACAUUUUUGAAAAACAGCUGUACAUCUCCUUGAGUGCUGAUGAGGAUUUAAAUAAUAGAGCAAAAAGGAAAAAUGCCAAACCCAGAAAGACUGAGGAGCUUAAAGAGAACAAAAAGCAAGAAAACAAGAGUGUUGUUUUAGAAAAGAGAAACAUACAGAAGAAGCAGAAGAUUCAAGAGAAAGGCAGAGGCAUUCCAGAGGGAGAUAAGGUUGCUCCUGUGGCUGCCCAGACUCCUAAAAGUGUGAGACCAGCUGGGGAAGAGAGAAUCCUCCAGUCCUCAGACCCUACAGGGGAGGAGAAAGACAUCAAAAAAAAUGAAGCCCAAGAAAAAUGUAUACAGAAAAGGCAUGACUUGGACAAGGAAGAAAAAGGAAAGAAAGAGCCAAAAGGAUUGAAAGCAUAUAAGGAAAUCAGAAAUGCAUUUGAUUUAUUUAAAUUAACUCCAGAAGACAAAACUGAUUUUUUGGAGAGUGAUCAAAAAAAAGAAGAUACAUCACUGGAUUCUAAAGUCACAGAAGAUCACAAAACCAAGGAAAAUAAGCUGUUACUUAAGGAAAAAAGGAAUUCAAGAGAAGAAACAAAUACAUGGGCAUUUAUAGCUGCAGAGGGUGACCAAGAGGCUCUAGACAGAGCAUGCCAAGCAGAAGAAAAUGCUGAUGGUAAACAACAGAUUUUGAGUUUGGGCAUGGACUUGCAGCUGGAGUGGAUGAAGCUGGAAGAUUUUCAGAAGCAUCUUGUUGGUGAAGAUGAGCAGCUUCCAGUGACAUACACAGUUCCAAGUAAUUUGUUAAGAGAUGCUGUGAAAAAUGGAGAUUACAUUACCGUGAAGAUUGCUCUUAAUUCAAAUGAAGACUUUAACCUAGACCAAGAGGAUUCCAGUGGGAUGACACUGGUGAUGCUCGCAGCUGCAGGGGGCCAAGAUGAUCUGCUCCGACUCCUCAUCAAAAAAGGGGCCCAGGUGAACGGGCGACAGAAGAAUGGGACCACAGCCCUCAUCCACGCCGCUGAGAAGAACUUUUUGACGACAGUGGCUAUUCUCUUGGAGGCAGGCGCGUUUGUCAACGCUCAGCAGAGCAAUGGUGAGACAGCCCUGAUGAAGGCUUGCAAAAGAGGGAAUUCAGACAUUGUGCGACUUGUAAUUGAAUGCGGAGCUGACUGCAAUAUUCUCUCAAAGCACCAGAAUAGCGCGUUGCAUUUUGCCAAGCAGUGUAACAAUGUGCUGGUGUAUGACUUGCUCAAGAGUCAUUUAGAAACACUUUCAAGAGUAGCAGAAGAAACCAUAAGGGAUUACUUUGAAGCUCGCCUUGCUCUUCUGGAGCCUGUCUUCCCAAUAGCAUGUCACCGUCUCUGUGAGGGGCCUGAUUUCUCCACUGAUUUUAAUUACAGACCCCCACAGAACAUACCAGAAGGUUCAGGGAUCCUGCUUUUUAUUUUUCAUGCAAACUUCUCUGGAAGAGAAGUUAUUGCUCGGCUUUGUGGACCAUGCUGCGUGCGAGCUGUAGUUUUAAAUGAUAAAUUUCAACUGCCUGUUUUCCUGGACAGCCACUUUGUUUACUCCUUCAGCCCUGUCCCAGGCCUUAAUAAACUGUUUGUAAGGCUAACAGAAGCACCCGAAGCUAAGGUCAAGUUGCUAAUCGGUGCAUACCGAGUGCAGCUGCAGUAACCAUACAGAACUGGAAUGGGGUUAUUUCUAAGUGCCCUGUUUGGAGCAGUUUGGAAUUCUUGCCUAGUAAUACUGCUGGUAUUUGAUUUUCACCUGAGAACAACUGUCAAUUUGAGCCUGUCAUCUUGUCGUCUAAGAGAAGACCGUGAUCUGAAUAUUAUAAAAUACUAGAUGAAUCUGCUGCAGCGUUCUUCAAUCUCAAUGUUGUGUCCAGACUACAUACUUGUAUUUUUCCACAAUGUGGGAUCCUUAUAAAAAUGACAUUAAAGGUUGUUUU